AGAUUUUAACAUUCGUUAUGAAUAGAAUUCCGUGUGAUUCCUUGCAGACUGCAAGUACCUAAAUACCUAUCAGCUAUUCUACCUAUUGUAGUUUGCAGAUUUGCAGUGUAAACAUUGUAAUAAAAUUGUAGGCGUAAAGUAUUCUCUAAACGCUUUAAAAUGAGAAAAGGUUUAUUUUAUUGUUCGUGUUUAGUUCUUGGUUAUAAAAUAAAUGUCAUGUUUCUUACAUUUUGCUUUGUCGAUAUUAUGUGUUGUUAAAUUGAAACUGAAAAUUCAAAGUGGAAUAGUGUGAAUUAUUGAGUGUAAUAAUGCCUGUUCAACAAAUAAACGUCAAAAAUUCGAGUGAAAUUGAAAGUUGGGAAUGGGGUGGUGGAUGUGGCAAAGAGACGAUACGUGCUGGGUCUGGAAGCAGCCAGACUUCUUGUAGUAAUUCUAGUGGUGAUAUCUGCAGAAUUUGUCAUUGUGAAAGCGAGAUCCACAACCCGCUGCUAGCACCCUGCUAUUGUUCUGGUAGCUUAAAGUUUGUCCACCAAAGCUGUUUACAACAAUGGUUGACUGCCUCUGAAACAAGAUCAUGUGAACUCUGCAAAUUUAAUUUCAUAAUGCAUACAAAGAUAAAACCAUUUAAUGAGUGGCGUCUCCUGGAGAUGUCGGGCGUUGAAAGGCGGCGCUUAUGCUGCGCUGUGCUGUUUCACUGCGUAGCUGCACUCUGUGUUAUGUGGUCACUGUUCGUACUUAUAGAGAGAGCCGUCGAGGAGGUUAACAAGGGACAGAUUGCUUGGCCGUUUUGGACGAAACUGGUGGUUGUGGCGGUCGGUUUCACGGGUGGAGCUGUGUUUAUGUACAUCCAGUGUCGACAGUACUUACACUUGUGCAAUCGCUGGCGAGCCCACAAUAGAAUAUUGCUCAUACAAAACGCGCCAGAAAAGGUGCCGAUUAGUUUGUCACCGCCUUUGCGUAGUAAGAGACGGGAGAGGAGUGCGAGGGGGCAGGUGGUAGCCAAUAUUGAGCCUUUGCCCCCUCCGGCUGCGUAUCACGAGGAGGAUGAAAGUGGGGGCUUCGAGACUUAUAGGGGUAAUCCACAUCGGCGGCUUUCUGCGCUUAAUGAAGACCGGUUGAGUACGGACAACCCCAGACUGAGAACUGAACCUGAAGAGGUACGGCGUUACUCGGACACUCGUCUAUCACAGCCGGUUACAGUUGCCGUUGAAGAGGUUGUCACACAACCCGCUGAGGGAGGCGUAUACCACAUCGCGGUAGACCCCCUUGAAGCCGAUAUACGCUCGCUUCUCGCACUCGAAGCACGUCGCGAGGCGCGCGCGGCCCGAUCGCUUCCGAAUUUGCGCGCGAGUCGCGAGUCCCUCUUAAACCCUAAUCAUCCUUCCUGAGGUAACCUCACCCUCUACCUGGACGAUAACAUCUAUUAGAUUAAACGUGCAGAGUUAUUUUGCUUUGAUGACUCAGUAAGUUCCGUUUUGGUUCAUUGUUUCAUGUUCAGGCAUUUUUGUAUGUUCAUUAUUGUUUGCGACAUUUUUCUCUAAAAUAUCUUUAUUUACAUAAAACUCAAAUGAAUUUAAACGCGAAUUAUAAUAACAAUUAGUUUUUAUGAAUAAGGGCAAGGUUUUCGCUGACCAUGACUGCAAAUCGAGUUAAGUAUAAUCGCGUUAAAGAGUUUUAUUUGAACAAUUAAAAGCCAGUUUCCUUAUGUUUUAUGUAAAUAAGUUAACAUCACAUAUGUGUAAAGUGUAAAAUAUAUGUAUGUAAUACGUAUCUCAUUAUAUGGGCGAAUAUAGUAUAUAACUCCUGGUAGAUUUAGUAUUGCAAUACAACUUCGGCAUUUUCAUUUUGCGGCCAUUUUGUGUGAUUGUUGUGAAUAUCAAUGAGAUGCGUACACGUCUACGUAUGCGCACGUUAGACGUACUUGUCCCACACAUCUUUUUGUAAUGUAUUAUUAUAUAAACUUAAGAGCAGGUUCAAAUAAUAGCUAUCCUUUUCCUUGUCUAAUAAAUAAAAGAGGAUAUGUUUAGUUUUUACCCUACAUUAAUUUUCUGCAAGUUUAUGUAUACUACAAAAAGAGAUCAGAAUCUUUGGAUUCAAAUCGCCCUGUGUUUGUAUAUGUGUGAAUUCGACCAAAUGUUAUAUGUAUUACUAAGAAUUAUUGGAAAUUUGUUAAGUAUUAAUCUGUUCGAUUCCACCCAUCGUGUGUACAUUCGAAUGUUAUAGAAUGAGUACGUAAACUACAGCUGAGAAUCAUCCGCGAUUCUGAUUGGGCAAUGUAAUAUGACGUGUUAGGUCACGUGGCUAUGUUGCUGAUAGAACUUGCAGUCGUAUCGUCUUUUUUACAUUCUCCCAAAUGAUAGAGCAUCUCCUGGACAGGCGUGCCCAACAGGCCGCAUGUAACAUCUCAUCAGAUGGGAUUGAAGCCAAACGUCUGUCCAGUUAAAAAUAAUACUCAAAAUUUGGUACUCAGCUUUAGAAAAUGUUCUAAUACUACUGGUAUAAAGUGAUGAAUAAGGAAUGUUUCUUUAAUCAGCAUGUUACUAAGACACAGUUUAUGGUUUUUUUUUAUAUAACGCAGUGUUUCCCAUUGUUGCCCAUACAUAAUUUUUAAUAUUAAAAAUAUUAUUUGUUCGCUUAGAAAACUUGAAUUUACCAGGAAAUUGAUAUCAAAACAGUUAGUUUCAAAUAAUAGAUACAUGUAAUAAAAAAAUUAAACUCCGUAUUUGUUUAUACUUUCGAAUAAUCAAAUUCCAUGUGAGGCUUGGGCUCUAAGUUGGGAAACACUGAUAAAACGCCUAUUUAACAGCGUAUUCGUUGAACGUACACAUGAUGGAGCAUAUGUUACCUGUAGAUAGGAUAGUUAUGACAUUUGGUGCUAAAGCAUGAAAGCUCUUUCCGCAACCUUGUACUAUAAUCUAAUCAAGUGCAGAUUCAUUUGCAAUGCCAUAAUGUAACUCUAUGUCUUGAGUAUAAGGGCAAUGUAUUAUAAGGCUGAACUGUCAAAAUUCUAAAUUUAUUGCACAAUUAAAUGAAAUUCAAUUGUUUCAGAAUGCCAAGUGUAAAUAAUUUCAGGUUUAAGUUAUCCUAAAACCGUUAAGUUUAUUGGUUGUAACUAAAUUAGUGCCUUGUUUUGAUGAAAUUGGUCCUAUGGAGAAUGGAUUGAGCGAUCCAGAUACGAGGGGAUGUUUUGUCCUUGUCUUGGUUAAUCUAUGAAAGAGAGACAGUAACCUAGUCUCGAUGGCUCAGUCUAUUCGUUGUACAUUUUAUUCUCCUUUGAUGUAAUAUGGCUUUUACGCCUGUGAUAGUAUCGUAAGCGAUUUCUUUUUGCUCAAAAUUUGAUUUCUCCUUACGAUCCGUACUUAUAGUUGAUGAAAUUUGUAAGACUGUAUUUUUUGUUAUGUAAAUUGUUAACUCCAGAUUAU